AUGCACUCCACCACGAAUGGAUGUUUCGGGACGAGGCUCAUAGUGUCGUGGUCGUGGCGCGUACCCCGCGUGGUCAAUGCCAUCACCGAAACCAUCAUCUCCAGCAUGAGGGUGUGCCGCCAGACGGCGAUCAUGCACGCCAGCAUAUCCGUCGCGAGCUGGUGGAAAAAGAGGUUGCGGCCUCCCGCGCUCGCGGGCCGGCUCAGCUCGCUCGCCCCUUCAGCGAGUCCGAAGCCAGACUCGCUCAAGGCGAGACAUAGGCGUGCCCUGGUGCCCCGACCACCGCACACCAUAGCCACGCCGGCCGGAAUCCUCCUCAUCCCUCCAACUCCAAGAAAGUCUCUUUCUUCCCAUGCCGGAUCUCUCUCCGUCGCGCCGCCGCGCGCGGAGUGGGGGACUGGUUCGAAGCAAGAGAUAGGAAGGGCCCGAGCAUCGCCGGGGACCGGAGAGGAGGGGGAAGAUGGAGGAGACGCCGCCGUCCUUCCGGCGCCGUGGGAGACCGAGUGUGCAGCGGAGCGGCGCAGAAGGAGUGAACUGCUACGAGAGUCCAAGGCUCCCACUUCUUGGGGAGACGGUGGUGACUGCUGCUCAUGGGAAAGGAUAACCUGCGACAAUACCACACACCGACUGUCUCAUCUCAACCUUUUCCAGACCUACCAAGAAAACCUACAGUAUUUCGAAGAUGAAUGUCCGAAUUUUAACUUGACGAUCUUUUCUUCGUUUCGGGGGCUUCAACUACUGAAUUUCUCUGGACAUCACGCUUGUUUACAGAAUUUCGAGGGUCUCCAAGGAUUGAGUAAGCUCAAGUAUCUCGACCUCAGUUACAACAGUUUUCAAGGUGGGGGUAUCCCAGGAUCUGUUGGCAAAUUGGUUUCUCUAGAAGUCAUAAAUCUCAAUGGAAACAACAUAGGUGGGACUCUUCAUAGUACAGAUUUCAGUAAUCUCCGUAAUCUGCGUGAAUUGCAUUUGGGAUCUAGUCAAUUGAAGGGUAGCCUCCCAGCAUCCAUAUUUGCACUUCCACGCCUUGAGUACCUGGAUCUUUCAUACAACCUCUUCGAAGGACAUAUACCUAUAAACUUAUCUCGGAACUUGCGAUUGCGAGAAUUGUAUUUGACUUUCAAUAGAUUGAGUGGAGGCCUCCCAACAUCCUUAUUUGCACUUCCACGGCUUGAGUACUUGGAUCUUUCAGACAACCUAUUUCAAGGACAUAUUCUUACAAACUCAUCUUGGAACCUCCGAGCAUUGCAUUUGGGAUCCAAUCAAUUGAGUGGUACCCUCCCAGCAUCCGUAUUUGCACUUCCAUGCCUUGAGUACUUGGAUCUUUCAUACAACCUCUUUAAGGGACAUAUACAUAUAAACUCAUCUUGGAACCUGCGAGAAUUGCAUUUGAGAUCCAACCAAUUGAGUGGUAGGGUCCCAGGAUCCGUAUUUGCACUUUCAUGCCUUGAGUACUUGGAUCUUUCAGAAAACCUAUUACAAGGGCAUAUACCUAUAAGCUCAUCUUGGAAGUGUACAUCAUCGCUUCAUACCAUCCGGUUAUCUGAUAACAGGCUAAGCGGUCAAUUUGAUUUCUUCUGGCUAAGAAACUGUGCCAAACUCAAAGAGAUAGAUCUGUCCAGGAAUACUGAUUUGGUCAUUCAAGUGCAAAUGCAUGGCUGGGUACCUAAAUUUCAGUUGAAUACACUAAGGCUCUCUUGGUGUAACCUUGAUAAGAGCAUGAUUACCGAGCCACAUUUCCUGCACACACAGAAUCAUCUGCAGUUUCUCGAUUUGUCCAACAAUAAUUUGCCGGGGAGCAUGCCCAACUGGUUGUUCACAAAUAAAACCACACUAGUUUAUCUGAAUCUUGCAAAUAACUCACUAGUUGGAUCACUAGAUCUGAUAGGGCAACCACAAACUAAUCUUAAACAGGUGAAUGUAUCAUUGAACCUAGUUGAAGGACAACUGCCAGCCAACAUUGGUUUCAUGUUUCCCCAUCUCAUAAUUCUCGAUGUUUCCCGCAACACUAUUUCUGGAACAAUACCACCAGCAUUGUGCAACAGCAGCAUACAACUUAUGGACCUAUCAAAUAACAGAUUUACAGGAAAAGUACCAGCUUGCUUGUUCACUGAUUGUUAUGCAAUGAAUAUAUUGAAGCUCUCAAACAAUACACUUGGUGGCAAGAUACUUGAUGGGGCUAGUAGCUUCUCCGGUGACCUAUGGGCAAUACACCUAGGCAACAACAAAUUUGAAGGGACUCUCCCUAGAAAUCUGUCUGGUAAUGUCCAAAUCAUGGAUCUGCAUGAUAACAAGAUGUCGGGAGAACUGGACACUUCCUUAUGGUGUCUUCCUUCACUGCAAGCUUUGAGCCUUGCUAAUAAUGGUUUAACUGGUGGCAUUCAUCCAGAAAUUAGCACAUUAACAAAUCUUAUGAUGUUAGACCUGUCAGGCAACUACUUUACAGGACGUCUCCCAAACUGCGACACUAUGGUAUACCUCACGUUUCUGAGUGUAUCGGGGAAUUCCCUGUCAGGCUCCCCGGGUGCCUUUUUCAACAGCUCCUACAUUACGGCUUUAGAUCUCAGCAAUAAUCAGUUCACAGGCAACCUUGAGUGGGCACAACAUCUUUCUCAAGUCAGUGUACUUUUGUUAAGCAGGAAUAAGUUUGAGGGACAUAUCUCUUCAAAUCUCUGUCAUCUCCAACACUUGAGUAUAAUUGACGUCUCGCACAACAAACUUUCGGGUUCCGUACCACCAUGUAUUGGUGGCAUUCCAUUUGAACCCAUUGAUCCUUUCGAAAAUUGGCCCGCAGCUGGUAGUAUUACCUAUGGAGGAGGCGAAUAUGGUGCGGACUUUGUUUAUAACAAUAAUUAUGACCUCCCAGGCUUCACCUUCACAACUAAAGGGCACCCAUACACAUAUGGACAAAACUUCUUCAUGUCGAUGUCUGGCAUUGACUUCUCUUCAAACAUGCUGUCAGGUGAGAUUCCGAAGGAGAUGGGGAAUUUGAGCCAUAUCAAGUCUCUCAAUUUGUCGAACAAUUUCUUGACUGGACCGAUUCCUGCAACCCUCGCAAAUAUGAGCGAGAUCGAAAGCUUAGACCUGUCCAAAAACAGGCUGAAUGGGUUGAUACCAUGGCAGUUGACACGGCUAUCAUCAUUGGAGGUGUUCUCUGUGGCAUACAACAACUUAUCGGGAUGUCUACCAGACUCUGGUCAGUUUGGCUCAUUUGAUACAGACUGUUACAGAGGGAACAACAACCUUCGAUCCUGCACUUCCAGUUCAGGUCAUGUGGCAUGGAAUGGUACUGCAGGAAGUGUGCCUGAUGAUUCUGACCCGAUCCUCUACGUGGUCGCUGCCGUUUCAUUCGUCUUGGCAUUUUGGGCCACUAUCAGUUUCGUAUUCUGCCAUUCAUUUGGGCGGCGUGUUAUUCUCAAACUGUGGUAGGUAAAGAUGGAGAGAGGGCUAGUGAUUAACAGCGCUGAUGUGUAAACAACACAAGGAGAUCACUUUUGUAAUCUGCUUUGUCAAGUAAGAAUCACUGUAAGAAUAUGGAAUAUUUUUUUGUCAAACUUUGUCGAGUAAGAAUCAAUGUAAAAAUAGAACCCUGAAUGGUGGCUGCAAUCAUCAGGGGUUGGAUGUUUUUGCUGCCUUUUCUUGUAAGUUCAUGGUGCAGAAUGGUGGUGUGUAAUGUUGAGAUUUUGGUGCUGCUUCCUUUAGCACGUAUUUUUUCUGAACUGAAUUUUCUUUAGCACUUAUUUUUUUCUGAACUGAAUUGUCUCAAAAUGUUUGUGAUGGUAGAAAUAUUUCUUUAGUUGAGGAUUUCGGAGGUAUGUGCUGAUAUGCUAAGCUGCAAGAUUGGGCUCGAUGUACUACAUAGCCCCUUUUGUCACUCUUGGAGUCGUCUUCCUCUGCAUCUCCUUUACUUUGUUUUUUACUGUCAGCAAUGCUGAUCUUGUGUCUAUGGCUGCUGCAAACUAUAGGCGGCGUUUUUCGGUCCGGGCAGUGGCCAGGCCGUCCGUCGGGACGUUUGGGGAGGAUUUGAGGGGUCCGGCUGUAGAUGCUCUAAGUUAGACAUUGCUACUCCCUUCGGUCCAUAUUAAUUGACGCAAUCUUAGUACAACUUUAUCCAAUUUUCAACUGCUAUCUCUCAACUGUCAAACAUCACUUUUCGUUUCUGUGAACCGUCAGAGAAGUUUACUUGGUGAUGAUUUGACUGUUCCAUGGAAGCAGUUGCUUUGCUAGCUACUCCGUUGACCGUGCAGCGGCCUACGGAAUCUUCCGGCUGACGUCUCAGGAUCUCAAGUAUGUCGCCCUCAGCUGAGAACAGCUUUCCAUUUCCAGUGAGGCGUGCCUUGCCGGGAAGCAUGCUACUGCUCGUCGACGACCAUUGCGUCCAGCCGGUUCAUGUGGGCGGCGCUCCUCGCCUCAAAGAACGAGGGGCAGGGCAGACCAUCGUCGAAUCAACGAGCUCCGAAAGCAAUUUCUGAAGGGAAAACAUUUCUGAACUACUCUAUACUUGUUUCAGGCAUAAUACUGUAGACUUCCAAUACCAAAGCAAUACAUCAAAAACAGGUGACCAAAAGGUACUCCCUCCCUUCCUAAAUAUAAGUCUUUGUAGAGAUUCCAUAAGGUGGACUAUAUACGAAGCAAAAUGAAUGAAUUUACCCUUAAAAUGCAUCUAUAUACAUCCGUAUGUGGUUCACAGUGAAAACUCUACAUAGACUUAUAUUUAGGAACGAGGGAGUAGAAAUUAUUAUGCUUACUACAUCAAUCAAGCAACUGCUAGUACUACGUACUCCGUUGACCGUAGGACAAUGGAAUUCAUCUUCCCGCCGGCGUCCUGGAAGAAGGCCGCCACGGCAGCCCACUCCUUCAGGAACCUCUCCUCCACGCCGUCCUUGAGCAGCGCCGGGAAGAAGAGCCGGAACGAGGUGCCCGGCCGCCACGAAUAGCCCCACCACCGCCGUCGCCACGGCGCAUGGCGGCCUCGCCGCCCACCGCCGCGUGCACCACCCCUCGGCGCCGUACAUGGGCCAAAAAAACGGCCAUUGGAGUACUCCUAGGCAUAAGCAACCGGAGGCUGAGGCGGAGAUGGAGCUCGCCUUGCAAGUCUGUAGCCGAGGACGAACUCAGUGGGGCGCCGGGGUUGCGGUGUGCGCCGUCCUGCCGGCGAGCCGGGCCACCAGCCGGAGGAAGGUGUCGAGGAGGAGCACCAGAAGGCGCUGACGUCGGGGAAGAAGCAGAGCGGCCACCGCACUAACAGUGAUAAUCUGUAAACAACACUGGGAGAUCACUUUACUGAUG